UCUUAAUCUGCUGCUUUCUGAAUUCUUAAUCUGCUGCUUUCUGAAUUCUUAAUCUGCUGCUUUCUUCUUCUGUUUUUCGACUUUGCGGAGGAAUUCUGUGUGAUUUGUGUUCUUUCUUUUGAAUUUUCGGUUGAAACUUGAGUUGGAGAUUUCUGCACGAAGUUCGAUUACUUGUAACUAAUCUGAUCGACUACAAACAGAGGACGGAAGCGUUUGGAUUUCUUGUUUGUUUGUUUGUUGAUUUGUGAAUUAAUUCUGAUUCUCCUGUGUUUUCUCUUUUGCCAAAUUAGUUUCUGUUGAGAUUUCCAGAACAUCCUUCGAAAUCUCCUCGCGAAAUUCACGUCAUCGUUAAUUGAUUUUCCAUUUUCUCUCUGAAAAUUCAGUUGGAAAACUACUUUUCCUACCGACUCCUUUGAUUACAAAGAAAUUCCGAUUCUCCUCAAUUUCUUUUCUAAAUAAAAUUCGGAUCCAAAAUCAAAAUCAAAAUCAAAAUCAAAAUCAAAAUCAAAAUCUCCAUCGGAAUUUCAGUUUCCGCACAUCCGAGUAAACAGUUUUCUAAAUCUCAAACAAACAUUGAAGCCAAAACUAGAGUCGAUUAAUCACACACAGACAAUUUCAGUUUCAGAACUUCCGAAACCGGCACACAAAAUGGCAAUAAAGUCAAACGGAUUCACGAAAGGCCAUUUGCCAGAGGAAUUAAAGAAACUACUGAGAUCCGUAGCGUCGGAUUGGGGAGACAAAAUCGAGGACAUGGAAGAAGCACUGCAAGUGAGUCGAUUAACAGGAGCGAUGACGAACGAGGUGUACGAGAUAAAAUGGAGCUCAAAAAGUGGCGCGCAAGCUCGGAAGGUUCUGGUGAGAAUGUACGGAGAAGGAGUGGAGGUUUUCUUCAACAGAGAAGACGAGAUCAGAACAUUCGAGUGCUUGUCCAAGCACGGCCAUGGCCCUCGUCUUCUUGGCCAGUUCUCUGAUGGAAGAGUGGAGGAGUUCAUCCACGCCAGGACGCUAUCAGCGACAGAUCUUCGAGACCCAAAAACAUCUGCACUUAUAGCAAGUAAAUUAAGGGAGUUUCACAACCUUGAUAUGCCUGGUCCAAAAACUAUCAUUCUUUGGGACAGAUUGAGAAAUUGGGUAAGUGAAGCGAAGAGAUUAUGUUCAGCAAGUGAGGUGGAAGAGUUUUGGUUGGACACAUUGGAGGAGGAAAUAAAAUUGGUUCAAAGGGAACUCUCAAAACAUUCUCAACUCAUUGGCUUUUGUCACAAUGACUUGCAAUAUGGCAACAUCAUGAUGGAUGAACACACAUCAUCAAUAACCUUAAUUAUUUUGUUUUUGUUUGUGCAGGAUUAUGAGUAUGCAAGUUACAAUCCAAUAGCUUAUGACAUAGCAAAUCAUUUCUGUGAAAUGACAGCUGAUUACCACUCUCAGACUCCCCAUAUUUUGGACUACACUUCAUAUCCAGAUCUGGAGGAACGUACAAAAUUUGUUCGUGCAUAUCUGAGCUCAGCAGGUGGAAACCCGAGUGAAGAAGAGGUGGAGCAGCUGGUGGAGGAAGCUGAGAUAUACACUUUACCAAAUCAUCUCUUCUGGGGCCUGUGGGGAAUUAUUUCAGGUCAUAUAAACAAGAUUGACUUUGACUACUUUGAGUAUGCGAGGCAGAGGUUUGGUCAAUACUGGCUUAGAAAGCCUCACCUCUUACCUUCUCCUAUCGUUGAUCCCAUUGUUGAUCCUAUUGUUGAUCACUUUUGUCUAAUGAUGAAUGCCUCCUAAAUGUAUUACUAUUUUAUUUUUUUUUUAUUUCCUUUUAUACCCAAUAUUUUAUGUAUGUUCUCAAGAACAAUAAGUCAACAUUUUUAUGUUGAUGUUUGUUGUGUAGUUCAAUGUUAAUUAGUGUAUGUUAGAACAUUAC